UCCGCCAACUCCCCUCCUUCUUAAUAAUUUAAACCCCUAGCUUCAUUCCGGAGUGUAAGGGGGGUGCGGUCUCCCCCAGGACGGUGCGCUGGAAGGACACAUUCCCCUUCCCGACCCACGUACACCAUGAAGAGCUGCAAAUCGGACGAGCUGCAGCAACAGCAAAGCGAGGAGGAUGGAGCUGGGCUGGAAGAUGCUGCUUGCCACCAGCCGGGCGCGGACCUCCGCCCGGGGGAGGGCACCGGUGCUAACUCUGCUGGCGGGCCAACUUCAGAUGUAGUUGCUGCUGCGGCGCCCAACCCGGGACCCCGAAGCAAGCCUCCUGAUUUAAAGAAAACCCAGCAGCUCUCGGAGGGCUCCAUGUUUGGCCAGGGCCUGAAGCACCUGUUCCACAGCCGCCGCCGGUCGCGCGAGAGGGAGCACCAGGCGUCUCAGGAUAGCCAGCAGCAGCGUCCCCAGGGCAUGUCCGACCAUGACUCCCCUGAUGAGAAGGAGCGCUCCCCGGAGAUGCACCGCGUCUCCUACGCGGUGUCCCUGCAUGACCUGCCCGCCCGGCCCACCGCUUUCAACCGUGUGCUGCAGCAGAUCCGCUCCCGGCCCUCCAUCAAGCGGGGUGCCAGCCUGCACAGCGGCAGCGGGGGCGGCAGCAUCGGGGGCAGCAGCCGGCGCACCAAGAGCAGCUCCCUGGAGCCCCAGCGUGGCAGUCCCCACCUGCUGCGCAAGGCCCCCCAGGACAGCAGCCUGGCCGCCAUCCUGCACCAGCACCAGGGCCGUCCCCGCUCCUCCUCCACCACGGACACGGCCCUGCUGCUGGCUGACAGCAGCAACGUGUACCUCCUGGCCGAGGAGGCUGAGGGCAUCGCAGACAAGGUCGACAAGGGGGACCCCGUGGCCCUGAGCCUCCCUGGCGGCCCCGGCCAUGGUGACACCGAUGGCCCCAUCAGCCUGGACGUGCCAGACGGGGCACCAGACCCCCAGCGGACCAAGGCUGCCAUCGACCACCUGCACCAGAAGAUCCUGAAGAUCACGGAGCAGAUCAAGAUCGAGCAGGAGGCGCGGGACGACAACGUGGCUGAGUACCUGAAACUGGCCAACAACGCGGACAGACAGCAGGUGUCGCGCAUCAAGCAGGUGUUCGAGAAGAAGAACCAGAAGUCGGCCCAGACCAUCGCCCAGCUGCACAAGAAGCUGGAGCACUACCGCCGGCGCCUGAAGGAGAUCGAACAGAACGGGCCCUCGCGGCAGCCCAAGGACGUGCUGCGGGACAUGCAGCAGGGCCUGAAGGACGUGGGCGCCAACAUGCGUGCCGGCAUCAGCGGCUUCGGGGGUGGCGUGGUGGAGGGUGUCAAGGGCAGCCUCUCAGGCCUCUCGCAGGCCACCCACACUGCCGUAGUGUCCAAGCCCCGGGAGUUCGCCAGCCUCAUCCGUAACAAAUUCGGCAGUGCCGACAACAUCGCCCACCUGAAGGACCCUCUGGAGGACGGGCCCCCCGAGGAGGCAGCCCGGGCCCUGAGUGGCAGUGCCACGCUGGUGUCCAGCCCCAAGUACGGCAGCGAUGACGAGUGCUCCAGCGCCAGUGCCAGCUCGGCUGGGGCGGGCAGCAACUCCGGGGCGGGGCCCGCUGGUGCGCUGGGGAGCCCCAAGUCGAACACGCUGUACGGUGCCCCUGGGAACCUGGACACGCUGCUGGAGGAGCUGCGGGAGAUCAAGGAGGGGCAGUCGCACCUGGAAGACUCCAUGGAGGACCUGAAGGCCCAGCUGCAGAGGGACUACACCUACAUGACCCAGUGCCUGCAGGAGGAGCGUUAUAGGUACGAGCGGCUGGAGGAGCAGCUCAAUGACCUGACUGAGCUGCACCAGAACGAGAUGACCAACCUGAAGCAGGAGCUGGCCAGCAUGGAGGAGAAGGUGGCCUACCAGUCCUACGAAAGGGCUCGGGACAUCCAGGAGGCCGUGGAGUCCUGCCUGACCCGGGUCACCAAGCUGGAGCUGCAGCAGCAACAGCAGCAAGUGGUGCAGCUGGAGGGUGUGGAGAAUGCCAACGCCAGGGCGCUGCUGGGCAAGUUCAUCAACGUGAUCCUGGCCCUCAUGGCCGUGCUGCUGGUGUUCGUGUCCACCAUUGCCAACUUCAUCACACCCCUCAUGAAGACACGCCUGCGCAUCACCAGCACCGCCCUCCUGGUCCUCGUCCUCUUCCUCCUUUGGAAGCACUGGGACUCCAUCACCUACCUCCUGGAGCACGUGCUGCUGCCCAGCUGAGGGGCCAGCCCGCCCCUGCCCCGUGUUCUCCCGGCCCCGCUGGCCAUGCUUCUCCAGGAGGGACCUGGACAGCCGAGUCCCUUGGACUUCUUUGUGUGUCCAAACUGUCCAUUCCAGCAGCUCCCGCCCCUUCUCUGCCCUGCUUCUGUCUGACACCUCCGCGUGGGCCUGAGGGGAGCCUAGGGUGCAGCCCUGGUGGAGACGGAGGUGACACGUGUGUCCGGGAGCAGAGGAGGACACGGUGGGGGGGGUUGUUUUGAUUAUUUACAGUCACACCAGGACUUCUUCCAGUUGACCUCGGGGUGCCUUGGUCAGGAAGGCCACAGAGAGGAGCGGAAGGAGGGCUCUGCCUCCCCUUCCCUGGGGAGGAGCCCACCUUGGAGGCAGCUACUAUUCCCUCCCCUCGGAGAAGGCCAGGAUGAAGGCAAGAGAGCGAGGGAGGAGGCGCGAUUGGCCCAGAGAGAGCAGGGAGGCCAGAAAGGAGGCUCAGAGCAGCACCUGGGAGGCCCAGCUGCCCUUUCCCUUGCCAGCCAGUCAGAGGCCGGGUUCUGGAGUUGGACCUGCUCCAGCGAUGUGAAGGAUGCAGGCUCUGGAGGCCGCGGGGGUGUGGCUUUGCACUUGUGUUUCCCCUGCUUUUCUUUGCCUGUCACUGGAUCUGCCAUUUCAGGGAAACAGGCCCCAGGGGCCCCGAGCCUCAGCCUAUGCCCUUUGGCCCCUGGGAGUACAUUGGGUUCUAUUUAUUUAUUUGUUCCUUUGUACCAUCCCCCUCCCUGCAGCCAGGGCUUAUUCUGGGCUCACCAGGGCGGUCCUUACCGUGUGGCCUCUGGAUAAUGCCAGCUGGGAGAGGUGGGCAAAGCUGCCCCGCCCACCCUCCGGAAGCGGCACCUCAGCCAGGAUGGGAGGAGCGCGCCUCUUUUCUACAUCUAUUUAUUUUGUACAUGUGUGUUUGUGUGGAGAAGGCUGUUUGUCAUUUCAUUUUUUUAAGGCUCUGGAGUGUUGUGUAUGGUUUCUCUUCACAUCCCAGCCUUCCUGUGGCCACUUCCAAGAAGAGAGGGGAUUUCUUGGACAAGGAGAGUGGAAGCUGACAGAGCAGGGGAGGGCAGUGCCUGCCAGCUGUUGCGGACCUUCCCGAGAAAUAAAUAUCCUCUCAAUUUUCAAGCCAUCCUGUCUCGUGUUGAUUGGUUACAUUGUUUCCAUGGAAACCACCAUGUCUCUCCCCACACC